CAGGCCAACCAUUAUGAUUAUUGGAAAAGGAUAUUGCUUCACCAAGGGUCGCUACCUUGUGAAACAAUAUCAACAUGGCCUAUAAAAGCAUAAAUCCGGAUUCAGAAUACAACACAAAAAAUCCAAAAAUCCUCUAAAUAAUUCCAGACGCUCUUCGCUGCAUUAAUGAGGCGGCGCCACUCCGGCGGCUGGCCGGCCUUCGGCUGGGCUAUUAUCGUUGUUCCCUUUUGGUCAGUGCCUACGAUUUGAAUUUUGAAUUCGGAGAUUGUAACUCUUCAUGAGAUGUUGCAAAGGCGAAACCAUGCAACUGCUGGUGAAACAUGCUGCAGGCCAACCAUUAUGAUUAUUGGAAAAGGACAUUGCUUCACCAAGGGUCGCUACCUUGUGAAACAAUAUCAACAUGGCCUAUAAAAGCAUAAAUCCGGAUUCAGAAUACAACACAAAAAAUCCAAAAAUCCUCUAAAUAAUUCCAGACGCUCUUCGUUGCAUUCGGGUUUUCGCCGGUCUUGCGAAAACUUGAUAAGGCUGAAUUAUCCUGGGUAUUCCUACAUCAGAACUCUAAGACAAUCGAGAGUGCUUGAAAUACUAUAAGAAAAGUGUUGCAUUCACGAUUCAAGCCUGUAUCCCUUUAAUCUUUCCGAAAUUUCUAACAAUCUUAUAGUAUCUCAAAUCAUGGCCACCGACGCUUUUGUUUCAAGCAUCAAACGGAUGAACCAGGACCUUGUUAAGUUAAAUCGUUUCGAUGGAACAAACUAUACCCGUUGGCAAGACAAAAUGACAUUUCUCCUGACCGCCCUGAAAAUUCAAUAUGUCUUGGAUCCUGAUCUGGAGGCAAUUCCAGAACCAACUGAGAAUGACACUGAUGAAGAAAAAAAGGAGAGAAAGAAACGAAAAGAAGAUGAACUGCUUUGUCGUGGACACAUCUUGAACACAUUAUCUGAUAGUCUCUAUGAUCUCUACACCAAUACUGCAUCCGCAAAGGAAAUCUGGAACGCACUCGAAUUCAAAUUCAAGGCCGAAGAAGAAGGUACGAAAAAGUUUUUAAUAUCUAAAUACUUUGAUUUUAAGAUGUUGGAUUCCAAGCCGAUUCUUGCACAAGUACACGAGUUACAGGUUCUCGUGAAUAAAAUAAAAUCCGUGAAAAUUGACAUUCCUGAAGCAUUCCAAGUCGGUGCAAUAAUAGCAAAAUUGCCACCUUCGUGGAAAGGAUACAGAAAAAAAUUGUUGCAUAGUUCUGAGGACUUUUCUUUGGAGAAACUUCAGAAACAUCUUCGUAUCGAGGAGGAAACGAAGGAUCGAGAAAAAUCUGAGUCUUCUGGAUUUGCUAAAGCAAAUGCUGUUUCCGCUAAAGGAAAGAAAAAAUAUGAUGGCAUAAAAAACCAUCUUGGCCCAAGGAAAGAACACAACAAGUUCAAAAAUUAUGGCGGACCAAAAGGUACUAAAAAUGGUUGUUAUGUAUGUGGCAAACCCGGACAUUAUGCUCGAGAUUGCAGGAACAAUAAGUCCAAAAAUGAGGUCAAUGAUGUUCAUGCCGAUGACGAUAUAAUCGCUGAGGUAAGCGAAAUUAUGGCAAUCAAAGGCAAAGUGCAAGGAUGGUGGUAUAACACAUGUGCAACUGUGCAUGUAUCUUAUGAUAAAAUAGCAUUCAAAACCUAUACCGAAGUAAAUGAUGGACAAGAAGUGCAAAUGGGAAAUAAAGUGCGAUCUAAAGUCGUUGGAACAGGAUCCGUCGAACUCAACUUCACUUCCGGAAAGAAAGUCACUCUUGUUAAUGUGCUUCAUGUUCCUGAUAUGAAUAGAAACCUUGUUAGUGGGGACUUAUUGGGAAAACCGGGUAUUACAUCUGUAUAUGAAUCAGGAAAAUUAAUAUUGACCCGUAAUGGUAUAUUUGUAGGAAAAGGAUAUUCCGCUGAAGGAAUGAUCAAACUUUGUACUACCGACAAUAUUAUUAAUGAAAUUUCUAAUUCUGCUUAUAUGCUUGAAUCUAUUUCCUUAUGGCACUCUAGAUUGGCACAUAUUGGUAUUAGUACUAUAAAUAGACUAAUUAAAUCCGGUUUGAUAUCAUGCAACAUUCAUGAUUUCGGAAAAUGUGAAAUAUGCGUUAAAUCAAAAAUGAUAAAGAAACCUUUCAAAAGUGUUGAAAGAAAAACAAACGUGCUAGAUCUUGUGCACUCUGAUUUUCAGGACCUUGUUAAGUUAGAUCGUUUCGAUGGAACAAACUAUACCCGCUGGCAAGACAAAAUGACAUUUCUCCUGACCGCCCUGAAAAUUCAAUAUGUCUUGGAUCCUGAUCUGGAGGAAAUUCCAGAACCAACUGAGAAUGACACUGAUGAAGAAAAAAAUGAGAGAAAGAAACGAAAAGAAGAUGAACUGCUUUGUCGUGGACACAUCUUGAACACAUUAUCUGAUCGUCUCUAUGAUCUCUACACCAAUACUGCAUCCGCAAAGGAAAUCUGGAACGCACUCGAAUUCAAAUUCAAGGCCGAAGAAGAAGGUACGAAAAAGUUUUUAAUAUCUAAAUACUUUGAUUUUAAGAUGUUGGAUUCCAAGCCGAUUCUUGCACAAGUACACGAGUUACAGGUUCUCGUGAAUAAAAUAAAAUCCGUGAAAAUUGACAUUCCUGAAGCAUUCCAAGUCGGUGCAAUAAUAGCAAAAUUGCCACCUUCGUGGAAAGGAUACAGAAAGAAAAUGUUGCAUAGUUCUGAGGACUUUUCUUUGGAGAAACUUCAGAAACAUCUUCGUAUCGAGGAGGAAACGAAGGAUCGAGAAAAAUCUGAGUCUUCUGGAUUUGCUAAAGCAAAUGUUGUUUCCGCUAAAGGAAAGAAAAAAUAUGAUGGCAUGAAAAACCAUCUUGGCCCAAGGAAAGAACACAACAAGUUCAAAAAUUCUGGCGGACCAAAAGGUACUAAAAAUGGUUGUUAUGUAUGUGGCAAACCCGGACAUUAUGCUCGAGAUUGCAGGCACAAUAAGUCCAAAAAUGAGGUCAAUGAUGUUCAUGCCGAUGAUGAUAUAAUCGCUGAGGUAAGCGAAAUUAUGGCUAUCAAAGGCAAAGUGCAAGGAUGGUGGUAUGACACAUGUGCAACUGUGCAUGUAUCUUAUGAUAAAAUAGCAUUCAAAACCUAUACCGAAGUAAAUGAUGGACAAGAAGUGCAAAUGGGAAAUGAAGUGCGAUCGAAAGUCGUUGGAAUAGGAUCCGUCGAACUCAACUUCACUUCCGGAAAGAAAGUCACUCUUGUUAAUGUGCUGCAUGUUCCCGAUAUGAAUAGAAACCUUGUUAGUGGGGACUUAUUGGGAAAACCGGGUAUUACAUCUGUAUAUGAAUCGGGAAAAUUAAUAUUGACCCGUAAUGGUAUAUUUGUAGGAAAUGAAUAUUCCGCUGAAGGAAUGAUCAAACUUUGUACUACCGACAAUAUUAUUAAUGAAAUUUCUAAUUCUGCUUAUAUGCUUGAAUCUAUUUCCUUAUGGCACUCUAGAUUGGCACAUAUUGGUAUUAGUACUAUGAAUAGACUAAUUAAAUCCGGUUUGAUAUCAUGCAACAUUCAUGAUUUCGGAAAAUGUGAAAUAUGUGUUAAAUCAAAAAUGAUAAAGAAACCUUUCAAAAGUGUUGAAAGAAAAACAAGCGUGCUAGAUCUUGUGCACUCUGAUUUUCAGGACCUUGUUAAGUUAGAUCGUUUCGAUGGAACAAACUAUACCCGCUGGCAAGACAAAAUGACAUUUCUCCUGACCGCCCUGAAAAUUCAAUAUGUCUUGGAUCCUGAUCUGGAGGGUUACCUCGGACCCAAGGUGGUUAUGAUUCAAUUUGGAUGA